UACAUAAUAACCUGCAUGCUUUUCACGUGAAAUGUCCCUUUAUAAGCGGAACCUGUACAGUCACACUGGGGCGAACCGUAAACGAGCGAACUAAGAGGAGAGGGGAACAAAAAGUCAGGGUCGUAAAAUCGCAGCCAGGAUGGUCACCUCGUAUCCUUUACCGGAGGGUUUCUCCGAGUUCGAUGUUUUCUCGUUAGGAUCUUGUCUUCUGGUGGAGGGUCUGCUAGGCUUCUUUUUGAACGCGGUGACAAUAGUGGCUUUCCUCAAAGUGAGAGAGCUGAGGACCCCCAGCAAUUUCCUGGUCUUCAGUUUAGCCAUGGCAGAUAUUGGCAUCUCCAUGAAUGCCACUGUUGCAGCUUUCUCCAGCUUUCUGAGGUACUGGCCUUAUGGCUCAGAAGGCUGCCAGACUCAUGGCUUCCAGGGCUUCAUGACAGCUCUUGCUAGCCUUCACUUUAUAGCAGCUAUCGCUUGGGACAGAUACCAUCAGUAUUGUACACGGACAAAGCUGCAGUGGAGCAGUGCCAUCUCUCUGGCUCUAGUUGUCUGGAUGUUUGCAGCCUUCUGGGCAGCCAUGCCCCUUAUCGGCUGGGGAGAGUACGAUUACGAACCUCUCAGGACCUGCUGCACUCUGGAUUACAGCAAAGGCGACAGGAACUAUGUUUCAUAUUUGAUCCCUAUGAGCAUUUUCAACAUGGGGAUUCAGGUGUUUGUUGUCCUGUCCUCCUACCAGUCCAUUGCACAGAAAUUCAAAAAGACUGGAAACCCCAGGUUUAACCCCAACACCCCGCUGAAGUCCUUGCUGUUCUGCUGGGGGCCAUAUGGUAUCCUGGCUUUCUAUGCUGCUGUGGAGAAUGCAAACCUCGUAUCACCAAAGUUGAGGAUGAUUGCUCCUAUCCUGGCUAAGACCUCACCCACCUUUAAUCCUCUUCUAUAUGCUUUGGGAAAUGAGAACUACAGAGGAGGCAUUUGGCAGCUUCUGACAGGGGAAAAGAUCGAUGUGCCUCAAAUUGAUAAUAAGUCCAAAUAAACAGCUGACUGUUGUUGUAGAUGUUUUUGUCUGUGAGAGUGUGUACUGUACAAUGUGUUGUAAGCACCAUAAACCUUUGCUACUUGUAUUCUGUA